AUGUUUUAUAAGAUAAAAAACACUCAAAUUAGUCUAACAUCCAACCCAACUAAAUUCUGGAACUAUAUACGAAAUAAAGGAAAAUGCUUAGGCAUCCCCGAAGAAAUGCAUAUAGAAAAUACACAUGUUUCAGACCCUCAGAUUUCGGCAUUCUUCGCUUCGUAUUUCUCUUCCGUUUAUAAAGCACCUAAUACAAAACCAAUUUAUCUAGAUAACCUCUCGAUAAAUCAGUAUUCUCAUUUGCCUUCUAAAGUGUCUCUUUCACUGGACGAUAUCUCGGAAGGAUUAAAUAGCUUAUCUAAAUCUGAUAGCAAAGUACCAGAUGGGAUAGCAGCACCUCUGCUUUUCCAAUGUCGUGAAGCCUAA